AGUUGGUUCAGUCUCACACAUUUCGGGCAAAUUUUCCAUCACUUGUUCCUUCAUGGCCUCGAAAUCCUCAUCUACACCCGAACAGGGGGGGAUUGUAAUCACAGCAUUAGCUGAGCACGUCAGCCAUGGUGGCCACUUCCUAUCCUGUCUGACACCUGACUACAUGGGGGAUAACGCCGAGGGUAGCGACUUGAAAAUUGACCUCCAAGACCUCGAGGUCGUUUCGAUGGGAGCGUGGAUACCAACCGAUACAUUUAAUGUGGAUGAAUACGACCUAGAAGCUUACCCGUACGACUACACCGUGCGAGAGCUUAACAAUACGCCACCUGCCUCUACCGAAGAAGCGCAUAGUUUGGAAAGCACCAUAGUUAUCAGGUUAUCCUUACUCAUUCUUUGUAUUUGCGAGAACGAUGGAGCGCGUGCUCUGUUUGCCACUGAGUACACAUGCGAAGCGGUCGUGGAAGCGCAGGAAAACGCGAGCAACGCGACGACAGAGGGGGCCGCGAACGUCGAAAACUGAUUUCGAUAAUAACCAAGUGUGUUUUUGAGGUAUAGGUGUAGGAAAAGGCGUUUAUCGCUAUCAGUGUGAGGAAUGCAGACGGGGGCUGUAUUUCAUAUGUAGGAAC